AUGAAGACACUUGAUAUAGUUAAAACCAACGAGCAUAUUCAAACUAUUGUUGAAAUGCCAAGAGAUCAUCGGAAGAAUGCUGAGAACAUAACGGCUGAAAUUUUAAAAGAAACAGGCGAUAUAGCAAAGCCUUUGAAUGUUGAUAUAACUGUCGCUCGUAUUGCUGGCCGACAAAAGCAUAGAAACAACCCUCCAGCCGAAAACCCAUGCGACUUUUGGAAAAUAUUCUUCAUAAUUCCUUACUUAGAUUCAAUCAUUGAAUCUCUACAAGUAAGAUUUUCCAUAGACAAAUCACUUGCAUUUUCAAUAACCCAUUUUCAUCCGGGUAACAUGAAACAUGUUUUAUUGGAAGAAUGGAAAAAAAGCACGUCAUCUUGUGAAAGUUUCUACAAUUUGAAAAGCAUUAAAGGAGAAGGUGAAUUAUGGUUCAAAAUGUGGAAUAAGUUGUAA